AUGCGUACUCUGAGUGUCGCCGCUGCCACCAUCGCCCUCUUAUCUGGACUUUCGGACGCUGCGUGCCCCAACGCUAGCCACGGCAAGUGUGGAGAUGCCUCUGCGCCCGAGUGCUGCCAGGACGGAAACUACUGCAUGCCCUGGGCCUCCGGCUACUACCAGUGCUUGCCUCUGCCUUCGCAGUGCGCUCGCCAGUUCACGGGCUACGACUUCUACGGCGGCGAUAUCAAGACGAUCACCGGUUUGCAGCCGGGUGACUGCUGCGCGACGUGCUUGGCAACCAGCGGGUGCUUGGCGUACACCUUCCUCAACGAGUACCAAGGCACGACUGCUUGCUUCCUGAAGGCGGGCAUGGGCCAGCCGAGAAAGGUUGCGGGAGCCAUCUCGGCUGUCGUCGACGGCUACACUAGCGACCAAGAUCACACCCCGAAGCGCCGUCUUCAAGGUGACGAGCCUCGCUUCGAGAUCCCUGAGCUCUCCUAA